UCGAGUUCAAGGUUUAGUUGGAGUGGUGAGUCUUACAAUGUUUGAUCGUGAAGUAAGAAAUCUUCUGAAAAUAUCUGCUGCUGAAUUAAUAUCAAGAUAUGAAAGGGUAUAUGUAUUUUAUAAUCAAUACCAUACUGUUACAUUAAUGUUAUUUUUUAAACUUUUAUUUAAUUCAUAUUUUUUACUAUUAAUUUUUUUAGUUCGACAAUCCAAGUGACUUUCCAAAUGAGUUGAACGCCAUGCUCAAUAAAAAAUUGGCUUUUAAGAUCGUUGUCAAGACUUUCAAUGUCUCAAAAUGUUUUCGUUCUUACAACAUUUCCAAGCUAACAGAUAAUUUAGACAUUAUUGCUGCUUUGGAAAACAUUGAGAAGAAGAAUAUGAUUGAACAGGUAAAAAUAUACCAUUCUAAUUACUGUACUACAUCAGAUUUCAUAGAAUCCUUAAUGUAGCAAACUUUUUUACCCGUAAUAUUAUAGGACAUGGAUAAUGAUUCUGUUAAUGUAAUUGGCUCAGAAUUUGCAUCUCAAGACACAGUGGGUUGUAAGGAUGUUAUUUCCCACACUGCUGAUAAUACUCCUGUGUCAAAUAUUCCAUCUGGUAAUACUACAAGUCCAUCAUCAGUAACAGGCACCAACAACCUCAAUUCUCCACCUACAAGUGUCAAACGUAAGCUCGUAGAUAUUUAUGAUCUUGAUGAUGACGUUUAUGAAUCGUCAACAAAACCUAAUUCACCCCGUGUUUACAAAGACAAAGCUGGAUUAACAACCAAAUUGUUGAUUCCUAAGGUGGAAAAAUAAUCGUAAUCAACAAUCUUUCUUUCCUACUCAUUGCUUUGUUCAAAGAUAUUUUUUUUAUAUUUCCUUCUUUUACUUGCAUAUUAUUUUGGAUUUCUAAAUUUUGUGUUUGGUAAACUAUGAAUAUUCAUUUGUGUUAUCUUUUAC